CAAAAAUUCAAAAAAGGUUUGCUCACGUGGCUCAUUCCAAUUGGGUGUCCUUUGUGUUUGGCGAUGUCUCUACUCCAGCGGAUAGACCGAACAGGAUCACGUGUCACGGGCGUCCACUACUAUGUGUCCUUUCACUGGUGGUGACAAGGCCACAGGCGGCAGGAGUGGGAGUAUCGGCCUUCGGUCCGCGACGAAAUCCGCAGCCGGCCGAUCGACCGGGAGAGAUCACCAAGCGUCCGACGGAUGGGAGGCCUGGAAGGACGCAAAGGAGCGAAGAAGAGCUCCGCUUUGCCCCAGAGCUUAUGGUUUGCUUCGAAUCCGAGCAAGAGAUGGGGGGAGGGGUUCUUUCUACUAUACACCCCCUUCUGGCUCACCCUCACCAUUGGAAUCGUGGUUCCCUAUAAGAUCUACGAGAGAUUCACUGAAUUGGAGUAUUUGCUUCUUGGGUUGGUUUCUGUCGUUCCAGCUUUCUUGAUACCUCUUUUUGUUGUUGGAGAGGCAGACAGAGGCAAAUGUUGGACAGAUUGCUACUGGGUAAAGGCAAAUCUCUGGAUAAUGAUUUUUAGUUAUGUUGGGAACUACUUUUGGACUCAUUAUUUCUUCACAGUGCUUGGAGCAUCAUAUACAUUUCCAUCAUGGAGAAUGAACAAUGUGCCCCAUACAACGUUCCUUCUCACUCAUGCUUGCUUCCUAUUUUACCACAUGACUUCCAAUAUAACACUUCGUAGACUGCGCCACUCCAUUGCAGACUUACCACAGUCAAUUCGGUUGGUCACGGAAGCUGCAUGGAUUUUGGCCCUUUCUUAUUUCAUAGCAUACUUGGAGACUUUAGCUAUUUCAAAUUUUCCUUACUAUGAGUUUGUCGAUCGAGCAUCAAUGUACAAAGUAGGAUCCUUGUUUUAUGCAAUUUAUUUCAUUGUGAGCUUCCCCAUGUUUUCAAGGAUCGAUGAGAAAAAUGGUGAUCCAUGGGACCUUCCAAGAGUGGCUGUCGAUGCAUUGGGUGCUGCAAUGCUUGUCACUAUAAUACUUGAUUUAUGGCGCAUAUUUUUGGGGCCUAUAGUUCCUAUCUCAGAAUCAGGACAGUGCAACCAACCAGGCCUUGUUUGGUUCCACAUGCCUGGGAACUUUAUGCAAAAUGAGAGCGCAUGAUAUGUGGGGUUGAUGUCUUGCUGCACAAGCAAUGUUGUGUUGUAGUUGCUUCUCUAACAAACCUUGUACUAGAUAUGAAGAUUUUGACCACUUUUUUCUGAUGAUUCUCUCAGAGGCUCAUGAUGUAGUGUAGCUUAGAAAUCAGUAUUUAAUAAAGAGCUGUAGCAUGCAAUUCUCGCUGUAUGGUUUCAAUUUUAAGGAACUGCAAAUGCUAAACUAUCUAACUUUCAACUUAAUGCACUUUCGUAG